AUGCAAGUGCUUUCACUGCCGCAAUCGGUGGUGACUGCUUACGAAUGUGUGGAAGAGUUUUUGGGUGAAAGGGACCCGGUGGUGGUGGCGGCUUUCGCUUUCCUCGGUGGCUACACUCUCUCGCGUCUCUGGUCGCUGCACACCGAUGAUCUCGGUCUGAGAAUUCAUGCGAAACGCUCGAUCUUCUACUAUAUGCGAAAGCUGCCAUUCGUGAAACGACAAAUCGAGCAACAUUUGAAAGAUGCUCGAGGAAAUCUUGAAAAAUCAAUUCACGGGAAUGACAACAGCGGUCAAUUCCUUAGCCAUCUUCCACAAAAGGGACUUUCUGUUGACGAGACAGUGACGCUUAUCAAAGAAUAUUCUGCAAUGGAAAGCACAAAUUGGAUGGAGGGUCGAUGCUCAGGUGCAGUUUUUCACAUUGACGAAAGCGAAAGUGAUGAGAUGAGAAUUUAUCGAGAGGUUUGUGAUCACUUUGCCUGGUCAAAUCCCCUUUGGCCAAAGCUGUUUCCAGGUGUUCGGAAAAUGGAAGCCGAGAUUGUCAGAAUUUCCGCUAAUCUACUCGGUGGCAAUGAAAAGACAUGUGGAACGAUGUCAACUGGUGGCACCGCGUCGAUUCUUCUCGCUUGUUUAGCUCAUCGAAAUAGAGCUCUCAAAAGGGGAAUCCAAUUCCCGGAAAUGGUUAUUCCAGAAAGUGCGCAUGCGGCUUUCAUUAAAGCCGGUGAAUUGUUUAGGAUAAAAGUGACUCGAAUCCCCGUGGAUCCAGACAACUAUCGAGUGAAUGUAGCAAAAAUGCGAAAAGCGAUUAGUGACAGAACGUGCAUGUUGGUCGGAUCGGCGGUGAAUUUCCCGAGCGGAGCGCAUGACGAUAUUGAAUCAAUCGGGAAAUUGGGCCAAAAAUAUAACAUUCCAGUGCACGUUGAUGCCUGUCUUGGCGGUUUCCUUUUACCAUUCAUCGAUGAUGCUCGUCCCUUUGAUUUCCGGGUCCCAGGCGUCUGCUCGAUUAGUGCGGACACGCAUAAAUAUGGUUUAACCCCGAAAGGCUCAUCAGUGAUCUUGUACUCUUCAAAGGAAUAUUUGCAUAAUCAGUAUUUCUGUGACCCUGAUUGGCAAGGAGGGAUUUACGCAAGCUCAACACUAGAAGGUUCUCGAGCUGGGCUUAACAUCGCAUUGUGUUGGGCGUCACUUCGACAUCACGGAGCUGAAGGAUACAGAGAAACAUCGAGAGCUGUUGUCAAUGCCACGAGAAAGCUUCGAGAUGCAAUCUCUGCCAUUCCUGGGCUUAAAGUGAUGGGCGCUUGUGAUGUUUGUGUGGUUGGAUGGACGGGAGAAGACGGUAUAAACAUAAAUCGAUUCCAUGCAUUGAUGGAGCAAAGAAACUGGGGUCUUACUUCAUUGCAAUUUCCGGCUGGUGUUCACUUGAUGGUUACAAUGUUGCACACGCAAGAAGGGGUGAUCGACGCAUUGGUGAAAGAUGCGCGAGAAGUUGUUGACGAGAUUCGUCGCUCACCAAACGCUGAGCUCACUGGGGCGGCUGCUCUCUACGGAAUGGCUCAAAAGAUUCCGGACCGUUCGAUCGUUCACGAGUUUGCUUUUGAAUACCUUGACACUUGUUACACGGAGCCACCAAGACAUAAC